AUGCGUCUUCAGUAUGCUGGUUUGAUUCGUGAUAUUCGAGGUGACAUCGACCCAAGUGGACGGACAGAUUUGCUCAAAAUUUUGGAUCGAGCUAAAAUUAAAAAACAAAUCACACCUCUUGAUGAGAAGCAGAAAUUCACUGAAAAUGCAAUUCUUGAGAUCAGUUUGUGUUCAGUAGCAAUUCGAUCAGUGACUGAUAAUAAUUUGCUGUUUUGCGCACCUAUUCAUUUGAUUGCAUCUGUUGGCUUUGUUCGUGAAGGUCAUGAAUACAUUUUACCUGUGAAAAUUGGAUACAGUAGUGGUCGGAAUCGCGAUGGUUUUGAUCUUGCUGUUGUUUACUGUGAAACUGCCGUAACAUUUUCUGAAUAA